GCUCUUCCUCCGGAAUUUCAGGAGAAGGCGGAGAGGGUCGUUUUCAUCUCGGGUUGGUACCCGCAGGAGGAAGUUCUGAACCAUCCGGCAUUUGGAGGAUUUUUGACGCAUUGUGGUUGGGGAUCGAUCAUCGAGAGCUUGCCACCGAGUUUCGAUGCUCUGCUAGUCGUUCUUUGA